AUGGACUCAAACAAGAAGCCCCUACUCUUUCUAGAUAUAACACUGCGUGACUAUCCGACGGAACCUAUUAAAACCCUCAUCGACUCCGGCGCCACUUCCAACUUCAUAUCCCCCUCACUAGUAGAAAAACUCAAAAUCCCAAAAACCCUACUUGAAAAUCCACGAGUAGUGAGAAUGUUAGAUGGUACCAUAUCUCAGACUGGUUGCAUAUGGCACCAGGUCCAACUUGCGGUCUCGGCCAAUGGCCAUUCCCACACUAUCCCCUUCCUUGUUUGCCCCAUUGGCAACACCUCGGCAAUCCUUGGCAUGACCUGGCUUACAACUGAAUCCCCCCUCAUCGACUGGCACCAGGGACUUGUUACAUUUCCCGAUCAAGUUCAAAUAGCCUCAGAGGAAGAAGCGGACCCUGAUCCCUUAGUAGACCUUCCCACACAAUAUCACAAGUUUGCUAAGGUAUUUGGCAAGGAAGAAUUUAAGGUCCUCCCCCCACACAGGGAGUAUGAUAUCUCCAUAGACCUUAUUCCAGAUGCCAAAUUAUCCCCAGGUCCCAUUUACGGCAUGACUGAUGCGGAAUCCAAGGCGCUUAAACAACACAUUGACAAAGAACUAGCCACAGACAAAAUCCGCCCUAGUACUUCUUCUGCCAGUGCCCCUGUCAUGUUUGUAAAAAAGGCAGAUGGAUCCCUCAGGCUGGUUGUGGAUUACCAGAAGCUAAAUGACGUAACCCACAAGAACGUAUACCCGCUACCAAGACAAGAUGACCUUAUGGCAAAGCUAAGACACGCCAAAUUAUUCACCAAGCUUGACUUACGCUGGGGCUACAACAACGUCAGGAUUAGAAAGGGGGAUGAAUGGAAAACGGCGUUCAGAACCAAAUAUGGGCUGUUUGAAUAUCUGGUCAUGCCCUUCAGCCUUACCAAUGCCCCCGCCGCUUUCCAGCAUUUCAUGAAUGACCUUUUCAGGGACCUGAUUGACGUCACGGUGGUCAUCUACCUGGACAACAUACUGAUCUUCUCCAAAAAACCCAAAGAUCAUCCAUCCCAUGUCAGGGAAGUCCUAUCACGGCUGAUGAAGAACCAGUUGUUCUGUAAACUAUCCAAGUGUCAUUUCCAUGUUACCACGGUGGACUAUUUGGGAAUCGUCAUCUCCCCAGCAGGGUUCUCUAUGGACCAAAAGAAGAUUGAAGCGGUUACAACAUGGCCUACUCCCAAAACGGUCAAACAGGUUCAGGCUUUCCUAGGCUUUGUAAACUAUCUCAGGAGGUUCAUUCCCAACUUUAGCUCGGUUGCUUGCCCCCUCCACAACCUUACCAAGAAGGAAUCCCUCUGGUCAUGGGGCGUUACAGAAGAAGCUGCAUUCCAAGAAUUGAAGGCAUUGGUCACAAAAUCCCCGGUUCUAAUCCAUUCCAACCCUAAACUGCCUUACUACCUGGAAACAGAUGCGUCAGGAGUAGCCAUGGGGGCCAUUCUCAGCCAACGAGGAGAAGACAACCGUUUACAUCCUGUUGCAUAUAUGUCCAAAUCCUUUUCAGGGGCCAAGGCUAAUUAUGACACCCACGACAAGGAACUCCUAGCCAUAAUCAAGGCAUUAGAGGAAUGGCGGAUUUUCCUAGAAGCAACAGAUAGGCCAAUUCAGGUUUUCACGGACCAUAGGAACCUAGAAUACUGGAUGCAGGCACGGACUUUCAACCGCAGACACGCACAAUGGCGUAUUUUCCUGAGCAAUUUCAAUUUUGAGAUCCACUAUUGCCCAGGAAAACAAUCAGGGAAACCAGACGCACACGCCCCAGAGCCAGAGGUCAUGUUACCGUCGGAAGUCUUUGCCAAUACGUCAGAGGAAGAAGUCAAAAUUGUCACGGAAAUUCGCUCCAGACUCAGGGAGGAUCCAUCACUGGAACCCAUCAUCCAAUUUCUCACAGAAGAUGCGGACAAUGCACCUCCCUCCAUUCGGAAAGCUUACAGAGACUACGAUUGGGAAGAGGACCUCCUAUGGUACCGAGGGAAACUAGUUGUCCCAGACUCAGAAACCCUGAAAGAACAACUGCUGAAGGAAUUUCACGACUCACCACUAGCCGGCCACCCAGGUCAACAGAGGACCCUUGAACUUCUAAGUUGCAACUACUGGUGGCCAGGCAUGAAAUCAUCCUCCAAAGAAUGGGUGGAAUGCUGCCCCACAUGCCAGGCCAACUGCCGAGCCCACGCCCCGGUCAUUGCCCUCAAACCUCUGGAAGUUCCCCCCUAUCCAUUCCACACAAUUUCCUAUGACUUUAUCACGGGAUUCCCAAAGUCAAAUGGCCAUGACGCAAUCUUGGUAGUCAUCGACUCCUUCUCCAAAUUUGGGCAUUUCAUCCCAACUACCAAGAAGGUUACAUCUAAAGGACUAGCGGAUUUAUUCAUCUCACAUGUGUGGAAACUCCAUGGGUUACCAGUCAAAACAAUUUCAGACAGGGGAACUACGUUUACUGGGAAGUUCCUAAGGGCACUCUAUCAACGCCUUGGAGUAAAACCAGCCUUUUCAUCAGCCUACCACCCGGAAUUGGACGGACAAACAGAAAGGGUGAACCAGUUCAUUGAGUUCUACCUCAGAUCAUAUGUUGCCGCCGACCACUUGGACUGGGCCACCUGGUUGCCACUAGCGGAAUAUGCCUAUAAUAACGCAAAGCACUCCGCAACCGGAAGAACCCCUUUUGAACUAGUUUAUGGAAGAAACCCCAUCAUGAAUCCGUCUAACGUUCCCGCGAAUGUCCCAGAAGCAGACCUUGUAGCCAAUACCUUGGCCCAAGAAUGGAAGGAAGCAGAGUCAGCACUUAGAAUGACAAAAGAACGCAUGACCAAAACAACAGGGAUGAUACCGGAAUACUCCAUAGGCAAAAAAGUCUGGCUAGAUGGAAAGAACAUAGAACUUAGGACAAACUCCAAUAAACUAGAUCCCAAACGACUAGGUCCAUUCAAGGUUACAGAGAAAAUAUCCAGCCACGCCUACCGCCUAGAACUCCCGGAAACCCUGAAAAUCCACAAUGUAUUCUACGUGGGAUUACUAUCGAAAGCACACGAGUCCCCAAGUCAGCCAUUCCCAAGCCGCCCCCCUCCUGAAACAAUAGAAGGGGAGGAAGAAUACAAAGUGGAACAGAUCAUUGACUCCAAACGCCAACGAGGAAAGUGGUUCUACUUGAUAAAAUGGAAGGGUUACGGACCGGAGGACAAUUCCUGGGAGCCAGAAGAACUGUUGGAACACAGCCAAGAAGAGAUUAAGCGUUUUAACCAAGCUAAACUCAGAAAGGCUUGUGACGCUGCCAAGAGCCUUUAA